AUGUCCGAAGUUCAAGAAAUUGUUAAGCACAUGCAAAGUUUGAGGGAAGAAUACCUUGGCUGAAGAAAUAACCUUGAUCUUGAUGGUCCGAAAAAAUACAAAAUCGUAAUAUUAACUUAGGACAAAAGAAGAACAAAACCAAAACCUAAAACUCUAGAAGAAUUAAAAAAUCAAGCAAAAUACAAAAAACGAUGAAAAGGGGCAGGUGCACAGAAUUCUGAAUUUGCAUCAGUUGCUUCCCUAAAGCCUUGUGUCCUAUCAACCUGGGAAACUGCCAAAGCAAUGGCACCCGAAAGAAGCUUCAAAGCUCCUCCAGGCUCAAAGCCAAUUCUAGUUCCUCAAGUUGGCAGAGAAUUUGGACAGCCUUCUAUGGAUCAAGUCUCAAAGCGCUAUAAAACAGUUUUGCUUACCAAUAUUGAAAAAUUCAAUGAUUAUGUACAAAGACCCUCGCAGUACCAAAAACCUCCCCCAGAGCUGACUAUCCUGCAUCCUCGAGGCUUCACCCCAGCUGGAACUCUGAUGAAAGAAUUUGGAUUUCCUACAACUCAUUUGCUGCCUAAAAGCAUGACUAUGAAAAAAUAA